AUGCGCUCUCUGAACAUCACCCCGGAGCAGUUCGCGCAGCUCCUGCGGGACAACAACGUUACGCGGGAGCAGUUCAUCGCCCUGUACGGGCUGCAGCCGCUGGUGUACGUCCCGGAGCUGCCUGGCCGCACUAAGGUGGCCUUCGUCCUUAUCUGCGCGCUCAUCUUCGCCCUGGCGCUUUUCGGCAACUGCUUGGUGCUCUACGUGGUGACCCGCAGCAGGGCCAUGAGGACCGUCACCAACAUCUUCAUCUGCUCCCUGGCGCUCAGUGACCUCCUCAUCGCCUUCUUCUGCGUCCCCUUCACCAUGCUGCAGAACAUCUCCUCCGAGUGGCUGGGCGGUGCCUUCGCUUGCAAGAUGGUACCAUUUGUUCAAUCCACUGCCAUUGUAACUGAGAUUCUUACAAUGACCUGCAUCGCUGUGGAAAGACACCAGGGAAUUGUGCAUCCACUAAAAAUGAAAUGGCAGUACACCAAUAAAAGAGCUUUCACAAUGCUUGGCAUAGUCUGGUUGCUGGCUGUUAUUGUUGGGUCACCUAUGUGGCAUGUGCAACGGCUUGAGGUUAAAUAUGACUUCCUGUAUGAAAAAGUGCACAUCUGUUGCUUGGAAGAAUGGGCCAGUCCAACUUAUCAGAAGAUAUAUACCACUUUUAUACUUGUUAUACUCUUUCUUUUUCCAUUGAUAUUGAUGCUUUUCUUGUACACUAAAAUUGGUUAUGAACUCUGGAUUAAGAAACGAGUGGGAGAUGCUUCAGUUCUUCAAACCAUUCAUGGGAGUGAAAUGUCUAAAAUAUCGAGGAAGAAGAAGCGAGCAAUUGUUAUGAUGGUGACAGUGGUGUUUCUCUUUGCAGUCUGUUGGGCCCCUUUCCACAUUAUUCACAUGAUGAUGGAAUACAGUAAUUUUGAAAAGCAGUAUGACGAUGUGACAAUCAAAAUGAUCUUUGCAAUCGUUCAAAUCGUGGGAUUCUUCAAUUCUAUUUGCAACCCUAUUGUGUAUGCUUUCAUGAAUGAGAACUUUAAGAAAAAUUUUCUAUCUGCCAUUUGCUUCUGCAUUGUCAAAGAAAAUGCAUCACCAACAAGGCAAGUUGGGAACUCAGGGAUUACUAUGAGGCGGCAAAAGGCAAGUGAUUCUCAGAGAGUUCCCACUGACUCAGAUGAGGCUAGGAGAGAGGCAUUCAGUGAUGGCAACAUUGAAGUGAAGUUCUGUGAUCAACCGUCUUCAAAAAGAAAUUUGAAAAGGCACCUCACUUUGUUCAGCUCUGAGCUUCCUGUGCAUUCUGCAAGCGUACAGUAGCAUCACAAAGGCUUUGAGAAUGGAAUAAAAUAUUCUCUUUAUGAAACAUUGAACAAGCCAUUUAAAAUAGUUUUCUAAUUUGAAUGCUGAAAAUGAAAGGGGGAAAAUAUUUUGAUUAUAGAAAUGUUGGAAUAGUAGUUCAGAAAAUGUAAUAUAUUUUAUAAGGAUGAAGAAUAAAACUUUGGAAAAAUGUUACUGUGUGAUUUCAAGGAAAAUAUUUUUCUUUCUAAGCUAAUUUAGGGCUUGCCUUGCUCUUUGCUUUAAGUAGAACAAAACCCAGUUGCUUGCCAGUUUAUUCUGUCCAGAUGUUGGCACGCUGCUGGACUGUAUUCAGGUGAAUGCCAGAAGAGAAGCACUAUGGAGAGUGUGCACACUUCCUUUGGACAGCUUGGGAAGCUCACAUGGCUCUAACAUUGCCUGCAUGAUCUACUGUCUGUGUAGCUCUGAGGACCGAGAGACUUCAGAUCUGAGUUCAGAGAAAAUGUAGACUGAGAUGAAAUUCGGUUUGCAGAGACAGAGAGAGACAGAGAGUCAGCAAUAAUUUGGUUGUGAUGAGAUUUAGAUGCAUUUGUGUGUGAAUGUUAUUAACAGGAAACAUAUUAGAAAUUAACAAUGCAUGCAUAACUAAUGUGCUGUUUUUACAGGUUACUUAGUGGGUACAAAAUUAAAUGCCAGUGUACUGCCCUGUAAAAUGCAUUAUUCCUGCUGAAAAAGUGGAACUUUAAAGUGUCAUACAAAUCAAGGGUCUACAGAAGAGUGAUCUGUAUAUAAACUCAGUGUUUACUCUUAGUCAUGCUUUGACGAAUAGCUUAUGGGUUGGAAUUGUUGCCACUUCCUGGAGGUAUAUAAGCGCCAGUCCCAGAACUUGUUGGACUCUAGAUAAGACUUUCAGUUGAGUAUUAUUGUCUUUUGACUAGAUGCUUAUCUGAAGAUUUGCACAAACUGUGUCCGUCUUCUGAGUGAGUUAAUCACUGUGGAAGAACAGGGCUGGUAUUACAGAAUUGAAAUCCAUAUAAAUUAUUAAACAAAAACAAAGGAAAAGCAACAACAACCCUCUCCCCCAAAACAAACAAACCAAAACAACAACAAAAAGCAAAAACAAAAAAACCCCACCAAGCUUGCUAUCACUGGGUCAAGAUGAGAGACUGGAAAAUCAAAGGAUUCUUAUGAACGUGGGAAUGGAGAAAGAGUGUGAUCUAGUAUGGUAUACUGUGAUCUGAUCCCAUAAAUGAUGCUUUGAAAUAUAUAAUUUGCAGCUCCAGAUGAGAUUAGGCUGGAUCCUUUAAAGCCUGUGAGAUAUGGGUGCUUUUUUGUUAUCUUUCACUUUCUAUAAUAGACCUUGGUGUUCCCUUGAUGGUGACCUUUAAGUUUCUUUGAUA